AAGCAACCGCGGGGGCGAGACGGGUGAGCCGUCUUCCUUCCUGCCCUGCUGGUGUGCAUAGGUGUCUCUCUGUGUGUGUGAGAGAGCGAGCGCGCUGGGGCCCAGCAGGUGGCGCUGUCUCAGGAGCGGCGGCGGCGGCGGUGUGUGCCCUUUUUCUCCUUCCCCCCACCCUCAGCCGACUGCGCACCCGGCGGCCCCGGCCCGACGGAGUGCCACGUCCUUAAUACUGUGACGGUGGCGGCGAAGAGGAGGAGGAGGAGGAGGAGCCGGGCGAGGGCGUGUGUGCCGAGAACAACCGCCCCCUCCCCACUCCAGCCGCCGCCGCCGCCGCCGCCGCUUCCUCAGCGUCCUCCGGGCCUGAGCCAUGGGCUCCUCUCAGAGCGUGGAGAUCCCCGGCGGGGGCACCGAGGGCUACCACGUCCUGCGAGUAAGAGAAGGCGCUGGGCGUGCAAGGGGAGGGGGGAGAGAAAAGGCGUGUACGUGGGAAUACGCGCGGGCGGGGGAGGCGUGUACGUGGGAAUGCGCGCGGGAGGAAGACACCCGGGGCUGGCGGGGGGGGGGGGGCUUCGGCCUGUCUGGCUGGCUGGGAACGGGGCGAGAGAGGAGGAUAAAGUAGGACAGACCCGUAAGAGUUGGGAAAGGGGGAUCCGAGGGUCAUCUAGUCCACCCCCCACCGUCUCUACAGUGUAGGAAUCGUGGCCAUCACAGCCGAUCGUCUCCUUGUGCCCUCCGGGGGUAGACAAGCAGAGGAACAAAAAUGGCUUUCCCACCACCGCCGCACCAGCCCGGCCCUCUGCAAAGCUGAUCGUUUCUCCACUUUGCCUUUCCAGAACAGGGUGUGGGUUUGGGGGGGGGGGAGCUGCCCUCCUUUAAACUUGGAAGAGAGGGCCACCCUGAGCCCGGUUUUGGCUGGGGAGGGCGGGGUAUAAAUAAAAAUUUAGUAUUAUUAUUAUUAUUAUUAUUAUUUGGUUGGGCUGCGUGGUCGAGUACGUGCUGCUGGGGAGAGAAGGGGUUUCGGGUGGGUUGAAACGUCGCUGUUGCUGUGUUUACAGUGGUACCUCGGGUUACGCUCCAGGUUACAGACGCUCCAGGUUACAGAUACCGCUAACCCAAAAAUAGUACCUUGGGUUAAGAACUUUGCUUCAGGAUGAGAACAGAAAUUGUGCAGCGGCAGCACAGUGGCAGGCCCCAUUAGCUAAAGUGGUACUUCAGGUUAAGAACGGUUUCAGGUUUAGAACGGACCUCCGGAACAAAUUAAGUUCUUAACCCGAGGUACCACUGUAUUAUACCUUAAGUCCUAAGAAGCUGGUAAGUGGUUCUCUCCCUGCCUCCCUCCAUAGCGGUCCACUUUCCCCUUUUUUUAAGCGACGUUCCCUUAUUACAAAUAGGAUUCCUCGCAAGAAAAGGGAAAAGUUGACAGCUAUGCCUCCCUCCCAGGUUUCUUCUCACAACAACCAGCAAGGUUGGCUAAGGCAGGGAGAUAGAGGACUGGCCCACCGAGGUCACUCCGGUGAGCUUCGUGACGGAGGAGAGGUUUUGAACCCUGGUCUUCCAGGCCUUAGUUGGACACACUGUGCAUGCAACCCCACAUGGGCGCAUUGAGGGAACCACAUGGGUAAAUAACUUGCAAGCAGGAUUUUAUCCAUUACAGUGAUGAUUCUCUUGGGGAGAAUCUCCUGCCAGCCUUCUGCACCUCUCUAACUAUUGGGGCACAAUCACUUUGAACAGUGACCGCUGGUCUGCUCCUAUAUAGCCUUUUUCGGAAGCAGGCCGCGCUGCUUGUUGAGUACAUUUUGGAUUGGGAGUGUAAUGGUGUGCUAUCCCCCACACCAUUUCUAUUUAUAUACUUUUGCAGAGUUUUCUUAGCCCAAACUAGCCCACCUUUGAUAUUCUGCUUCUAGCCUUGGUCCCUAUUUUGAUUGUGCUACUCGUGCAUUCUGUUUUACUGCCAUAGUCUGCAUGUCGGGUAUCUUUAUUUCCAUCACUUGAGUAACUUCACGGUGUCGUUCAAUGAUUAUACAGUGGUACCUCGGGUUAAGUACUUAAUUCGUUCCAGAGGUCCGUUCUUAACCUGAAACUGUUCUUAACCUGAAGCACCACUUUAGCUAAUGGGGCCUCCCUCUGCUACCGCGCUGCUGCUGCACGAUUUCUGUUCUCAACCUGAAGCAAAGUUCUUAACCCGAGGUACUAUUUCUGGGUUAGCGGAGUCUGUAACUUGAAGCAUCUGUAACCUGAAGCGUAUGUAACCCGAGGUACCACUGUACUCAGAAAGAGAUGGUGUCUGGUGCUGUAGUCUUGAGAUCCUGUAAGGAAAAUUAUGACCUUGAUGCUUCUGAAGUGUCCAGUGUGAUCUGCCUUCCUUCUCUUGGGGAUGUGUUGAACCAAAAAGAACAUCUCGUAGAAUUGUCAAAAGCUAAUAUUUUCCAGAGGGAUAGCCUUGGUAGGAUUCGUCCUCACACUUGUCCCUUGGGAAAACCCGCUGUUUACUGCUGAAACAAAUCUCAAUAGGUUUUUGGGGGAUUGACGUUUGUCAGUGGCUUGGACCUGAACGAGACAAGCACAAAAUCUCUUGGACCCAGGCUUUCUAGGCACAGGGCAAGCAGAAGUUUGGAGAAGCCAUUAGUUUGCAGCAAAAAAACAACUAACAACUUAACAACUAACACUUUAAAAAAUGAUAUAAGAAGAUUUUUGGGUUACAGCCAACUUCAUUAGCUGCAUAAAGUGUCAUCCUGAGUUUCAGGUGUAUAUAUAUGCUUGGGGUAUGUUUAGGCGUGUGCAAACGCUGGGAUGCAAUAAGUGAAAUGCAGAAAGUACAAAUGGUGAUAAUUAUGUUACUAACCUUCAACAGUGGCCACUGUUAAUAAUGUAAUUACCACUCUGUGCUUUCUACAUAACAUUUUGUUCUGAUAUCAUUGCUUACGUUCCCUCCAAACUGUGUGUGUAUAGAUUAAGGUGAUACAAGUGAAUAUUCAUCACUGAAGAUUAAAAAGUUAAUUCCCUUUCUUAGUUGUUUACUAAUAUGAAGACCUCAAAUUCUCCACUGUAAACAUCAUGAGCGUUCUUUUUAUGAGUAUAAUGGAGAAGUUGCAUCUUUAUAUUUCUAAAAUUGCAUUUUUUCAUAAUUGAAAAUCUUGCUUUAUUUCCUGCACAAAUAAUGGUGUAUUUGAAGAUAAAUAUAUUGUCCAGUUUUUAGUUCAUUAUCUUCAAGCUAACUACGAAAGUUGGAAAUAGUGGCUGAUUUCAGUAUCAGAACUUUCACUCCACUGAAACUUCUUUGUAGAGCUCAUUUAUCAGGUGUUUCAUCUCAAGAUGAAUAACUUUACUUGAUUUCAGUUACUCAUUUUUCACUGUGUGAGGAAGUAUAAGAGAGAUAAGGAUCUUUUGUAAGGUCCUUGCUACUUCAUUGUUCUAGUCCAAUGCAGACCAGGUAAGCCAUAAUCACAUUGUUGAUUGUGGACAAUCCAGUUAACUUAAAAGCAAUUCCCCCAGAAAAAGUUAAUUGGUAGCACAUGAAUAUAAUUUAUAUAGCAAUGUUGGUGUGCUGUAUUCAUAGCAUUUUACCCUUGGUGCUUCAAAGCACACUCAAAUAUGACCAAUGACUCUUUGAUACUGUAUUGUUCUGAGUCUUGAAGAAAAGCUGUAAGUGUGAAAAGGAAUGUCACAGUGCUGCAGAAACUCAUUUAUUUUUAUAUUUGGAAUAAUCACUUUCCACCUGAAGAAACCCAUAGCUGUUAGCUAUAUGGGAAAGGUAAAUGACCCCUGGACAGUUAAAUCCAGUUAAAUGUGAUCAUAGAGUGCAGCGCUCAUCUUGCUUUUCAGGAUGAGGGAAUCAGCGUUUGUCCACAGACAGCUUUCCGGGUCACGUGGCCAGCAUGAUUAAACUGCUUCUAGCACAACAGAACACUGUAAUGAAAACCAGAGCACACGGAAACCCUUUUUACCUUCCCGCCGUGGCGGUACCUAUUUAUCUACUUGCACGGGUGUGCUUUCGAACUGUUAGGUUGGCAGAAGCUGGGUCAGAGCCACAGGAGCUCGCUCCGUACGGCAGAUUUGAACUGCUGGCCUUCCAAUCGGCAGACCCAAGAGGCUCAGGUGUUUAGACCACAGUGCCAUCCGUGUCCCUUGUUAGCUAUAUGCAGUACAGGGAAUGUAACUAUUGAAAUGUAGGCAGAAACAAAAUUUAAAACAGCAUCAAUAAACCAUAAAUAAAGCAUUCAAGCAACUCGGAUGUGCACUUCUGUUUACCUGCUUUGCUUAGUUGUUUGACAGUUUACAGCAUCUCAGGGCCUGUCAUUUUGUUGAAAGAAAUUAUGGCUCACCAUUCAUUGAGUCACAUUUUGAAAGCUGCUUCUUAAUUACUGAUGUUAUCUCCCCUACCAAGAUGUUCUUGCCUGACUUGUAUGGUACUGUAGAUAGUCACCAAAAUAGUUUGCUCACAUAGUAAAGUUCUGUUUUGUAGAAGAGUAAUACCUGGAGUCUUGUCCCAGCGUAUGUAGGUGCUCACAGUGUGUUUGUGAGCUAAUGUGGUGUAGUGGAUGGGGAACGACUAGGUUCAUAGCCUUGCCUGAGAUAUUAGCAAGCCACUUUGGUUACUACCUAAUGCAUAUCAUUGCCUUCUUAGAAUGAAGUGAGAAGGAUCUCUUAUAAUUUUCCCUGAGCCCUUGAGAUAGCAAGAAGUAAUCUUAAUGUGUUGUUUUAGCCCUAACACCGGACGCUAAUGGCUAUAGUUCUAUAUUUAAUUUCAUCCUUUAUAAUGCAUAAUAAUUUGAGGAAUGUUAUUGUUACAGUAUACUGUUGAAGGUGCUUCUGAUGUUCAUCUGAUUUCUUUCAUAUGGACAUAUGUUGUUAAAAUAUUACAUUUUGUUCCAGAUGAUAGCAUUCUUUAAUUAUUUUCCCUCCGGCAAAGAGAAGGGGAGGAAUUCAGUAUUGCACUAUUCAUUGGUGCAAGCAUUUUUGCUUGCCACAAUUCUCCUACCCCUGCACACUGUUCCAGGGGUUAUCCAGACCCAUAAAUCUGCCUAGCCAGUGGGAACUGGGAGGGGAGAACCCCAUUGCGCAAACGAAAGUUCUUGUUCAAGUCUUCCACUGAGGGGACUUAUCAGGUGAAUUCUUGCUUGCAAUCUUGAUGCAUUACUGAACAUUAUUGAACAUGUUCUUGAACACAUUACUUGUUUUCUUUAAGACACCAAAACUGAUUUGGUGUUUUAUCACAGAAAUUAUCAGGAGCAAGUUUCUUAGCCCUGCUAGUUGUACGUAUUUCUACAAUAUGGUAAAAGGUAAAGGACCCCUGGACAGUUAAGUCCAGUCAAAAGCAACUAUGGAGUUGCAGCACUCAUACCCCAGUACGAAGAGGUGUGUUGCAGGAAAGCUGCAAGGUGGCGCCGUGUCUCUUGUGCUCUCGAUUGUCAGCAUCUCCCUGAGAAUAAGAAGUUGGACGUUCUCCCAACUGCUGCUUUCCAGCUCCAGAUCUGGAGUGCUUUUGCUUAGAAAUUGGCAGUAACUGAAUAGACAUUACCAAAGUUUCAUAGACUGAAACAUUAACAACACAGUAGAACCUGGAAGGCAAUGUUUGCUUCUGCUUAAACAAGUGAGGUUCAUACUUGGCAGUGAGGUUCCAGUUAGUGCCUGGGAAUCUGCUAUAAGACUUGGUCAGGACAGAAAGGGGAGGCUCAUCCUUUACUGUUUCAUGUUUGUGAAGCUGCUGAGUGAAGUUAUGGAUUAAUAUGGAACCACCAGCUCAGCUCUUUAGAGAGGCUUCAUUUCUUGCAGUGGCACUGUUAAAAGGAAAUGUUACUGUAAAGUGGAUGGAUGGAGUUCAUCAGUUCUUACUCUUGUCAUAUCAGACUGAGCUCACAGCUCAGUUGCUCGGGAAUCUCAAUCAUGGCGUUAACCACGAGUACCAGGAUGCAGGUGGUGCUGUGGUCUAAACCACUGAGCCUAGGGCUUGCCAAUCAGAAGAUCGCGGUUCGAAUCCCCGCAACGGGGUGAUCUCCCAUUGUUCGGUCCCAGCUCCUUCCAACCUCCGCAACGGGGUGAUCUCCCGUUGUUCGGUCCCAGCUCCUUCCAACCUAGCAGUUCGAAAGCACGUCAAAGUGCAAGUUGAUAAAUAGGUACCGCUCCGGCGGGAAGGUAAACGGCGUUUCCGUGCGCUGCUCUGGUUUCGCCAGAAGCAGCUUAGUCAUGCUGGCCACAUGACCCGGAAAAACUGUCUGGGGACAAACAUCAGCUCCCUCUGCCAGUAAAGUGAGAUGAGCGCCGCAACCCCAGAGUCAUUCAUGACUGGACUUAACUGUCAGGCAUCCUAUACCUUUUUACUCUUUGCCCAUCCUGUUUAGUGAGUGAUUUUCCACUUUUUGUCCCAUAGACAUCUAAAAUAGGUAUAACUGGGGUAAGCUGUUUGGAAGGCUGUUCCAUCCAUGCUUGCAGAAUGUGUACCAGCUUCCUGCUGAGCAAGGAGCCGAUUUUCAGAGAGAGCAUGUGUAUGUUCUACCUUUGAUGCUUUUCUCUGGAGGUCCACCAAAGCCUGAACUUAAAACAAGUUUUUAUUUGGCAAGCUAGGAAUAAAACUUGUUAAACUUGGGAGAAACUGGAAGAAGUGGUUGCAGAAUAUUUAGCUUGUAUGCGAUAUUAAAUUCCUGCAUAUACAGUCUUGUACAGUAUUGAAAUAUAUGCAUAUCUGCACUUUGCAAAUGGAAUAGUGAAGCAACCAGAGGUCCUCAGAAGACCUGCUUGUGGUAGUUAAAAAGUGAUGUGUAUAUUCUAUAUUGAUUUUGCAAUAUUACUUAACAGUAGGGAAAAAUAACGGCUUCAGGUUCCUUGCAUGUAAAGUAAUUUUAUGCUGAAGAGGUUUAGAAGAAGUACAUUAAUGCAAGUUUUUGUGUUGGUUUGUUUUUUUGCUUUUUCAUCAGCUCUUCUGCUACAGCUGGUCUAGAAAGGAAUGGUUAUAAAAUAAGCUAAAACAAUUGACUAGCUGUACUGGUGGGGCGGGAGAUCACUGCUCAGUACAGGUGAUUUAUUUUCUUGUAACCAUUGGAUCAAUUCACUUACAAAGCCUUUUCUCCUGAAAAAAUAGAUUGUUUCUGAAAGUGUUCAUUGGAAUCCUAUAAUAUUUUAAUAUAUUUUUAAAGCAAUCUGACAAUCAAUUUUCAUGGUACUACCUGAAGAAUUGCCUUUACUGCAGAUAUUUUGUUGAAACAUUUUAUUACACUAAGCUUCCUCUGCACUACAAAACAAAAAUCUCUCUUCAGCAUUUUGCAGCUGAUAGAUGAUCUGGAAAAUUCCUUUUAAAAGCUUUUUGAAGGUUUUUGAAGCGACUUGAGUCGCUUGAACUGAACUCCAAAUUCUCACAUUCUAGAUGCAUAGCAGUUAAAAACCCUAAAGCUCUAACACAGUCGCAUUGAAAUUAAUAGAUCUGCCUCUUAAGAAAACAUCUUUAAGACAGAUAUGUAAAUAAAUCCACUUUACCAGCUUGUCAGUUCUAACAGAAUUUGUUGUGAAGAUAGGCUUGAAAGUAUGUCAGAAAUAGAAAUUUCAAAAACCCAAGCAGACUUCCUAGUGGUUGGGGGAUGUCACCAUGCAGCCAGUAUUAAUGAAGCUACUUUUGAGUAAUAGCAAGUAAACCAGCGAAGAUAUAAUAAUAAUAAUAAUAAUAAUAAUAAUAAUAAUAUGUUAUUUAUACCUUGCCCAUCUGGCUGGGUUUCCCUAAGCACUCUGGGCGGCUCCCAACAGAAUGUUAAUAAUAACAAUAAAAGCGAUAAAAGAUCAAACAAUAAAAACUUCUCUAACUAGGUUCAGAUGUCUUCUAAAUGUCAGAUAGUUGUUUAUUUCCUUGACAUCUGAUGGGAGGGUGUUCCACAGGGCCACCACCGAGAAGGCCUUCUGCAUGGUUCCCUGUAACCUCACUUCUCGCAGUGAGGGAACCGCCAGAAGGCCCUCGGAGCUGGACAUCAGUGUCCGGGCUGAACAAUGGGGGUGGAGACGCUCCUUCAGGUAUACUGGUCUGAGGCUGUUUAGGGCUUUAAAGGUCAGCACCAACACUUUGAAAGUAAGCUUUUGUCCAUUUUUCUGGGAACAUUUUGCUAUCCCUAUUAGAUCCCUUUGUUUUUCAAUUGAAAAUGUUCUCUGGGCAACACUUUGCUCAGUCUAAUUAAGGUCAGUAUUUUGCUAGUCAUGUCCCUUUAGCUGCUUCACUGAAUUGUGAGAUUUAAAAAGAAUCUACCUAGAAUAGAUUUAACAUGCAAGCCAGCCUUGUCCUGUCAUUCCUGCAUACACUGUGGGUUGGCAAAAUGAAUUAUUUGGGUCCAUCUUUGCUUUUAAUUUUCCUACUUCCUGAUCCUAGGAAGUUCCCUGAGAUGCCUUCCUUUGCUAUGAACAGCUAUUCAGAUGAGAGAAGCUUGUUCUUUAUUUUUAAAAGAUUCCGUGGGGUGUAAUGGAUUCUACAGUUUGUAAUGUGGCACACAAAAUACCAACAGCCUUCUGUAUUUUGUUUGCACUACUUUAAUUUACAGUACUGUAACUUUUUGUCAGGGCCUGAUGAUGGAAGAGGCACAGCACAGGCCACAUUUCUUUAAAAGUUAAUUAGAGCUGGUUUUCAAAGGCUGCCAAUAUCCUUGAGCAGCCAUCUCCAAUUCUGGAUUUACGAAGGUCGCUGUGACAUUGGUGGCUUGAGAAUAGGGAACCGUACAUUUUGGCCGGGCUUGGUAGUCAGCCAUACUUUCUAACAAACAAUAGAGGCUGGAUUUCUUGCUGCCUGCUCUGUUGAGGUGAAGUAUCCUUUAAUAGUGGAUGCCUGGGGAAAAGAGUUUGACAUGAGAAAGAGUGGUGGGCAUUUACAUUUGUAGUAACCUUACUGGUGGUUUUUCCAGCGAUCUAAUGACUGUCUUAUGGGUUCCCUGGCCGGAAAUUUCAGGCUUUUUCCACUGGCUCUCAAACCCAUUGAAUUGUCUUUCUAAUUUUUCUUGUAAUGUGUUUGUUUUUGCAGGUGCAAGAAAAUUCACCAGGACAUAGAGCUGGACUGGAGCCCUUCUUUGAUUUCAUUGUUUCAAUUAAUGGUUCGAGACUGGUAAGUUAAUUCCUGAAUUAAAGUUGCCCUGGGUUUUAGGCUUGUAGGGUGCAUAUCUGAGAACCAGAAAUCAAUUCUCUUAACUUUACAACCUGAUAAUAUAUAUUUUAUGUUUUUUGCUGGAUUUAGUCCAGGGAGAGCUCCUCGCAAUAAAAAAAGAAGGCCGCGAUCCACCUUAAAAGUAUUUUUUAGUGAGGUUCAAAUUAUGUUAGCUAUUUUAGGCUCUCCAUGGCUUUCGAAGUGGAGUAGCCAACAGAAGCACAUCACUCCAGGCAUAAAUCCAUAACAAUGGGUCAUUGAUGAAAGAAGAUAUUUUUGGUUCCUAUGCUCCUGCCCUGGAACCUUUCGUAUGAUUAUAUUAGAACAGGCUUUCUCAAACUCGGCCCUCCAGAUUGUUUUUGAUCUACAACUCGCAUGAUCCCUAGCUCCCAGGACCCAGUGGUCAAGGAUGAUGGGAAUUGUAGUCUCAGAACAUCUGGAGGGCUGAGUUUGAGGAAGCCUAUAUUAGAACAAAGUUGGGGUGUCUGAUUGAAAGACAGUGGUUCUAUCUGGAUUUUUUCCCUAUGCCUUCUGGCGAGGAAGAGACAAGCAGAACUGAAGUAUCCCAGUUUCAUUUUCACUAUACCAGUGAAAGUUGCAGGAAGCAGCAGGGAAGCUGAAAUGAAGGAUAUUGGGAAUAAUUAGCAGCGAAGAAUUUGUGCAGGUGCAACAGAUAUGGACGAUGAACUUGUGAUAUCUUACUUUGCAACAUUACCAGUAUUACCACUUCAUCCCCCUUCCAGGAAUGUUAAGUCGGGUAUUUUUUUAAUGACACCAAAUAUUCAAAUAGGACUUCUUUGUACAUAUUGUAUUAUGUCUUUAAUGUAAAGCACAACAAAGCAUACAAAUUAAAUAAUAGCUGUCUUCAAAACCGCGAGAAUUGACUGGCUCCACACUUAACUGCACUUAAAUCCCUUUGAAAUCAUUACAGCUAGAAUCAUGGCUUGUCCUUUCAAAGCCAAUGGGACUUCAUCUAAUUUAGUCUAGAUCCAACCCAAUAUUUUUGUCGCCAGAGCACAACUUUUGUGGCCAUCUACCUCAUUCAAGGGAUGCGGGUGGCGCUGUGGGUUAAACCACAGAGCCUAGGACUUGCCGAUCAGAAGGUCAGCGGUUCGAAUCCCCCGAUGGGGUGAGCUCCCGUUGCUCGGUCCCUGCUCCUGCCAACCUAGCAGUUCGAAAGCACAUCAAAGUGCAAGUAGAUAAAUAGGUACCGCUCCUAUGCUGGCCACAUGACCCGGAAGCUGUAUGCCAGCUCCCUCGGCCAAUAAAGCGAGAUGAGCACCGCAACCCCAGAGUCAGCCACAACUGGACCUAAUGGUCAGGGGUCCCUUUACCUUUACCUUUACCUCAUUCAAGCUCAGAGCAUGAACUUGAGAAUUUGGAUUGACAAAACGUUAAGAGGACUGAUUGCAGUCCAAGAAGAAACCUUUUAAUUAGAGGACUGAGUUCUUAAAAUGUGGGAACUUAAUACUUCUGCCACUAGAACCUUAUGCGCUGGGAACUUGGGGUGGGGUCCGUGACAUGCUUGUGGCACCAAAUGCCAUCAGCAGCAAAGAACAUAGAAGUAGCCUGCCCUUUCAGCUCUAAAUAUUUGCCCUAGUAUGUUUCUUGCCGUGCCACAGAGUUCCCCAGUUGCGCAGAUCUCCCACCAUUUUUCAUGGCAUGGAGCUAGACUCCACAUUGCUGUCAUGAGCAAGGAUUCCAAUAGCUGAAUGUGUUUUUAAAAAAUCAUUUUUUCCCUUUAUAAUUUUCCACUCUGAAACUUUAAAGUGCUUAUAUGCUGCUACAACUGAAGAAUGUAAUUGCAAAGGAACUCUGAAAACGAUACCUAUAUGCCUUUCCUAGAACAAAGACAAUGACACGCUCAAGGAUCUGUUGAAAGCUAAUGUGGAGAAGCCCGUGAAGAUGCUCGUAUACAGCAGCAAAACCCUGGAGCUCAGAGAGACAUCGGUAACUCCCAGCAACCUCUGGGGUGGGCAAGGCCUACUGGGAGUCAGCAUUCGUUUCUGCAGCUUUGAUGGGGCCAAUGAGAAUGUGUGGCAUGUGCUGGUAAGUAGAAGCAGGUAGAGGCUUUUCUACAUCAUGCUGCCAUAGAGAAAGUCAGGCAAGAGGACAUUCUUUGCUCAGUAUUGUCUGCUGGUAGCAGCUCUGCAGGGAGUCUCUCCCACUCCUACCUGGAGAGACCAGGGUUUGAACCCGUGACCCUUGGCAUGUAAAAGGAUGUGUGUGCUUUACUACUGAACCAUGGCUCUCUCUGGGGCUCAGUAGCAGAGCGCUUGCUUUGCGUGCAAACAUAAUUCCCUGCAAAUCUGGAUGCGCAGAUGCUUCUAGUUCUAACGCGAUUUACACGUUUUUAAUAGCGAGUAGGAUUGCUGUUGGAGCAGUCCAAAGGGAGUUUGCAGAAGUCCUAGAGGAAGUUGGAGUGUCAUGCAACUUCCAUCCACUUAGCUCAACAGCUUUCUCUGAAUGAGGCCCAUUUCCUUGAAUUAUUUCUUCACUGAGUGAAAUUAUUGGUCGUCAAAGCCAGGAGGAUUUUCAUCCUUCGGUUUAAUGCACACCCAGGGCAAGCAGACAGUAUCUGAGCUGAAAUGAGGUUUCCAUAUGCGGUUCUUGUGGGAAAAGACUGUGCGCCAGCAACCGAUAGCAAUACAUCAUUUCAGCAAACGGAUUGUGCUGCCCAUGUGUGGUUCCACAUGCAGAGGUCUAUGUACAUACGGCUUUCAGUUGCUGUCAUGGUUCUGUAUAUUGGGGCAGCUUUUUAUACCCUGCAUGUGCCCAUUUUUCUCGUUACUGCUAAGGAUAGUGUAGUAAAUCUUGUUGGAUAACUGGGUGAGCAAUGGCAACAGAUCUGUACCCAGAGCAGGUCUAGGAUACAUUUUUAGUAAAAUACAUUUCAAACAGAGGGUCCCCCCCACACACACACACCUUUGCAUGAACUGAAGGGCACCAUUAACUUGUGAGCCAGAGGUUGCCCAGGGAGUUUGAGUGGAAAAGGGAGAAGGGAGGACACCCCCCCUCAAAAAAAAUAAAACCCACAUAAUCGGUCUGAAGUUUCGGUUUUCUUGUUUUUUAACCAAAGAUUGGUGGUGCCUUCUGUAACUUUUCUGACUUUAGUUUUAACUUCUACUGCUUCUCUCAAUUUUAUGUCUUGAAACCAGGAAGUUGAAUCCAACUCACCUGCCGCUCUUGCAGGUCUCAGACCUCAUAGUGACUACAUCAUCGGUGCAGAUACUGUCAUGAAUGAGGUAAGUACAUAUUUCAUUUAUUAAAGAACCAGGGUGGGGGCUAUUUUUAACUCGAAAGUCGUUCUGAGAAUGGUUUCAGGAUUGCCUUGUGUCCUGCAGUGCAGAUCUUUCCCUUUCAGUAGACAUAAAUAACUUGGGAAUUCAAAAUUUGCUCUUUCACUGUAAUUGUGUGGAGCUAGCGCAAACUCCCGAGGAGAUUCAUUUUGCGGCUUUGCAACAUUCCAGUCUCUAUUUCUGCAUAAACGGCAGGCUCAGUUCUCAACUUCGGAAUCUAGAGCAUUGCUUAGUGGGUUUAGAAGGGCCAUAGUAGACCUAAGAUAUUGGGGGCACUAGCUUAUGUCAAAGAAAAGUAACAGUUUUUUUUCUUCUCCUUCCAGUCCGAGGAUUUAUUCUCCCUUAUCGAAACUCAUGAAGGCAAACCAUUAAAACUUUACGUAUACAACACAGACACUGAUAAUUGUCGGGAAGUGGUCAUUACCCCAAACUCGGCCUGGGGUGGAGAAGGAAGGUAAGCUGACUCAAUAGAAAAAUAAUAUUAAGCUUCUGGAUUGUUUCCAUGCUAAGUGAACUUGUUGCAUAGGUAUGCAGUUCUGUCCUCUGCUUGAGGUGGCAGAGCGCUGAGGCUCCCAACACCUUUUUUCCCACAGCUGUCUGUAUAUAGACCAAGGUGUGCCAUGUCAAUUGUGGGAGGAAAGAGCAGGUGCACGAAUCUGCUGCAUAGCAAAAUUUCUCAUAUGCUCCAGAAUUUCUCCCUGGAUUAAUGUAUAGAAACAUGAGUGAUUGAUGUGAUACCCACGCCCUUCCAUUUAUUAAACACUUAUUAACACAUAUUUCACGUACAUUGAAGAUAAUGUAAUACAGUGGUGCCCCGCAAGACGAAUGCCUCGCAAGACGAAAAACGCGCAAGACGAAAGAGUUUUCCGUUUUUUGAGUCGUUCCGCAAGACGAAUUUCCCUAUGGGCUUGCUUCGCCAGCCGAUACGUCGUGCGAGUUCUUGCGAGUUUGUUUCCUUUUUCUUAAAGCCGCUAAGCCGUUAAUAGCCGCUAAUAGCCGUGCUCCGCAAGACGAAAAAACCGCAAGACGAAGAGACUCGCGGAACGGAUUAAUUUCGUCUUGCGAGGCACCACUGUAAUAGGGAUUUCCCCCCCUCCCAGCAUAUUGGGUUAAGAGUUAGCUUGGCAGUGGCUUGUGAUAUCUGGAUUCUCUGGGAUAUCUUAACUUGGAAAGGGGAUUGUAUAUUGAGCCAAACGGAGACGAAAUGGGAGAGCGGUUUAUAACUCUUGUAAUUGUACAACGGGACACAGGUGGCGCUGUGGGUUAAACCACAGAGCCUAGGACUUGCCGAUCAGAAGGUCGGUGGUUCGAAUCCCCGCGACGGGGUGAGCUCCCGUUGCUCGGUUCCUGCUCCUGCCCACCUAGCAGUUUGAAAGCACGUCAAAGUGCAAGUAGAUAAAUAGGUACCUCUCCGGCGGGAAGGUAAACACCGUUUCCGUGCACUGCUCUGGUUCACCAAAAACGGCUGAGUCAUGCUGGCCACAUGACCCGGAAGCCGUACGCUGGCUCCCUUGGCCAAUAAAGCGAGAUGAGCGCCGCAACCCCAGAGUCGGCCACGACUGGACCUAAUGGUCAGGGGUCCCUUUUUAAUUGUACAACAGCGUUUUAUAUACAGUGGUACCUCGAGUUACAAACGCUUCAGGUUACAAACUCCGCUAACCUGGAAGAGUUACCUCGAGUUGAUAACUUUGCCCCAGGAUGAGAACGGAAAUCGUGUGCCGGCGGCGCAGCGGCAGCAAGAGGCCCCGUUGGCGAAAGCACAUCUCUAGUUAAGAACAGUUUCAGGUUAAGAAUGGACCUCCAGAAUGAAUUAAGUUCGUAACUAGAGGUACCAGUGUAAUGGGUGUGUGCAUGUGAUUUCAAGAAUCUUGUCUCUCAGUUAAUCAUUGAAUACAUUGCUUGGAGACCUCAGUAACUGCUUUCUUCUACAAGAAGCUACGCAUGCAUUACAGAUCUGAGGUCCUCCUUCAGAUCCCCCGUGUCAUUUGAGAUUAGGCAAGCAAUGACAAGAGAUGGGGUGUCACCACUGAGAAGGCCUUGUCUGUAGAAGGCUGUUCAUCUGGCUCAUAGCUCAGGUCAAGAGUUGCUUUACAUCCAGACAUUCAGUUGACCCUAGUCAUUCUUUUUAGUGUUAAUAGUUGUUUUUCAUAUUGUUUGACCAUCUUGUCUUUUAUAUGUCUCUUUGAGAACUUGGCUUGGAGCAGCAGCCACUGAAUUAGCUAUGGCUUGCAGUGGCAAACAUACAUUGUGCACUAGCUUCAUAAAUGAACUAGAUCUACUUAGAGUUGAAUCCUGACAAAGCACCAUGUUCCAAAGCAGCAACUCUUUGAUAAAAGACCCAGGAUAAAACGCCUUUUUUGUACUUUCUAAUACCUUAUAUGUUUCUAUUUUAAAAGCCUCGGUUGUGGCAUUGGCUAUGGUUACUUGCAUCGAAUACCGACGCGCCCUUUUGAAGAGGGAAAGAAGAUUUCUCUUCCAGGACAGUUGUCUAGUUCACCUAUUACCCCACUCAAAGAUGGUUUUACAGAAGUGAGUUGCAUCGAUUUAUUUUACUUUUGUAACUUGCACUCCAGUCCUUAACAGAUGUGUUAGAUUUCCAUCCCUGCAGGAGCAGUGUAAAAUGUGAUACUGCAGAGACACAAUUGCAUGUCCCUUUCCAAGUAUAUACAUUUGCUAUUGCUCUCUUGAAGCUGAAUCUUUACUGAGAGUUUUAUGCUCUUGGGAAUCCCACUAAAGCAGCAAUUCUACAACAUGGCUUCUUUUGUUCAUUUUUAAUAAGGUUCAGCUGUCUUCGGUGAACCCUCCACCUUCAUUACCACCUGGAACCACAGGAACCGAACAGGCUCUAGCUGGGCUUUCCAUUAGCUCGACUCCUGCCGUCCCUAACGUGCUCAAUACAGGUUUGUCUUUUUAUGUCAUUAGGAUAUUUCCGAAUGAAAGAGCAAGCAGAGAUGAGCUUAGUUUAUUGUUCCAAUUACUCAAGAUCUGUGGGGUAAAAAGCAACGACCCAAGACCUCGCAAACCUUUGUGCCAGGACAUUGCAAAGUUGGACAUUCCUGGGGCUGCGGAAUGGAACUGUUCUUCACAAAAGGUGGGAUCCUGAUUCCCAUAGGUGGAAUUCAGUGAAAGAACAGGGAGCAAUGUGCAGAAAUCAUGUAGGUCAGGCAUAGGCAAACUCCGGCCCUCCAGAUGUCUGGGAGUACAAUUCCCAUCAUCCCUGACCACUGGUCCUGUUAGCUAGGGAUGAUGGGAAUUGUAGUCCCAAACAUAGGCCGGAGUUUGCCUAUGCCUGAUGUAGGUGAUAGGAAAGUCCUCUGCUUGUAACCCCGGAGAGUUCUGAAGUAGGUGAUGCUAGGCUGCAUAGACAAAUAGUUUUGUCUGGUAUAAUCUAGGUGGCAUCUGAAAUGAAAGUUGGCCUCUUUCUUUCCCUUUAGGUGUUCCUACAGUACCAUUAUUGCCUCCCCAGUCAAGUCAGACUCUUCCUCCAGUUAACCCAGCAGUAACUUUGCCAGGUAAAUGGUAACACAAUGAAAAUGAAACAAUCUUUUCAAGAGGCGCAAGUGUGUGGGUUUUUCCUUGUUCGGUCCAUUAAUGCAACCUUCUCCAACCUGAUGGAAAUUGUCCACUGCGGGUAGGCAGAAGCUGUACUAGAACUUCAAACCGCAAGUGUAUUGCAGUCACUAAUUCUGCCAGUUCUCUAACUGGCAAAUAUAGGUUGUUAAAUUUGAGAUUAUCUCCUCCCCUCUACAAUUGUAGUUUUAAAUGUACAGGUUUUCACAUCCAUGGGCUAGAGGUAUACUGAUUCUAAUUUAAUGUCGGUGAUGCGCACAAUAUUUCUAAAAAAUCAGAGCAGUAACCCAAUAUAUGAUUUUAAUUAAUGCAGAUAUGUAUAUUUGCAUAUUGCCACAUUGUAGGCACCUUUUUGAGGUGCUGGGAAGUGCAAAAUUGUAAUUUUAAUAAGAGCCUGUUUUUAAUAAAUAUGGUAAUAUUUGAUUUGAUUUUUGGAAAUAGGAAAAUAAUUUGAUAUUCAUUUGAUACUCACCAACAUGCCAGAACCAGAAUAACCGUAAAAAUACGAAGACCCUUAAGCACACUCACACCACUUAAUAGUGGCACCUACCGACUGAUGAGGAAAAGCUUUAGCUGCUCCACCAUUUAGGCCCAAUUAAAAGUUGCUGUCUUACACGAGUCUGCAGUGAAGCGAGGCUUGUAAGAACACUUAACUGGCUUUUGAAUGAAAUGUUCCUGGUGCUGCUGCAAUGUGUUUAAAUUUCUGAAUUCAUAAAAAGAUAAUAUCUGUAGUUUAAAAACUCUAAAAUACAGGGAAUUGCACGAGGGGAAAUGUUGCUAUGGAGAAGGCCAGGACCACAUUGCCAUCCAUCAAGCUUUAGCUGGGAGUCAAAACUGUGUGGCUUGUACACCAUUAACCCUUUAUUUCUUUGUUGGCCUAUGCACAUAAUUUCCCAACAGCCACAAAGGAAACUACCGUAUUUUUCGCUCUAUAAGACACACCAGACCACAAGACACACGUAGUUUUUGGAGGAGGAAAACAAGAAAAAAAAUAUUCUGAAUCUCAGAAGCCAGAACAGCAAGAGGGAUCACUGCGCAGUGAAAACAGCAAUCCCUCUUGCUGUUCUGGCUUCUGGGAUAGCUGCACAGCCUGCAUUCGCUCCAUAAGACGCACACACAUUUCCCCUUACUUUUUAGGAGGGAAAAAGUGAGUCUUAUAGAGCAAAAAAUACGGUACCUUCCCGACAUGAGUUAAAACAGUAUGUAUGACAUUCACACAGAAGUCAUCCAGCAAAAAAAUUUCCCAGAAUGCAGCUGUUUCCGUGGUAGACAGAUUUGCACACUGCUUGUUAAGCUGAUGCGCAGAUACACGUUGGCUUUUUAUGUGCAUCUCCAUCAGGUAGUUGAGGAUGUCAACUCCGACAGCUCCAAUUGCCUGUUCACGAGAACCAGUGGGGAGGUCUUAGUAUAGCCCCUCAAAGAAACACUCAUCCCUUGAAGCAGUCAUCUUUGUUGAGCUAAAUUUUUACCAUCUGAUCCACGUGGUUCCUGAUCCAGUUGAGAAUGUAUGCACUGAACAUGCUUCCUUUGACCCAGUGAUUUUUGGACACGUAAAUUCAGUCUCGUAAAGUUUGGGUUUUUGCUCUGCCUUGAAUCUGAUUUGUCAAGCUUUUGAAAUCUUAAUGGCCAUACUGUACCUGGUUACUCAUUUCUCUUUCUCCUUUCCUAUACAUUUUUAGGACUGAUGCCAUUACCCACUGGACUUCCCAACCUGGGUAAUAUCCCAAACCUUAACUUACCUGCCCCACACUUAAUUCCUGGUCCUGGAUUAGCAGACAUAGGACAUCCUGGUAAGUUUCUGCAGACUUGUUUAUUGGCUUUUGAUAAACCAAAUCUUAACAAGUACGAUACAGUUAUGCAGUGCUUUCAGUGCAGCUAGUGAGUAUAGCGUCAUGACAUUUGGUAGGAAGACUGCCCACAGUUCUGCAAACAGUUCAGAAAAAGCAGGAUAAUAAAUACAGUAAUAAUAAUAAUUUUUUAUUUAUACCCCGCCCUUCCCGGUUCAGAAAACCGGGCUCAGGGCAGCUAACAGCAAAUUUAAAACACUUAAUUGAUGCAACAAAAAACAGCAUAAAAUACAGUGUAAAAUGUGAAUAACAAUAAAUUCAGAAUUCAAAAAUCAGUUUAGGGGAAAAUCCGUUCAAUAAACAUUAGAUGAUCACCAGGGCUAGCUGGCUAAAUUAGUCCCACUUGGGCCAGCGAGGAGACCAGGGGAGAUCCAGCUGUGGGAUCCGAGAGCGGGCAAUCUUCACAAAAAGGGGAGGGGGAGGGAAGGAAGGGGAACAAAAAGAUCAGGCCAGGUUCAAAUUGAAAGCCAGGCGGAAUAGCUCUGUCUUACAGGCCCUGCAGAAGGAAGUUAAAUCCUGCAGGGCCCUGGUCUCAUGGGACAGAGCAUUCAACCAGGUCGGAGCCAUGACUGAGAAGGCCCUGGCCCUGGUGGAGGAUAGUCUGACUUCCUUAGCGCCCGGGACCUCUAAACUAUGAUUAUUCAUGGACCUUAAGGUCCUCUGCGGGGCAUACCAGGAGAGGCGUUCCUGACUACAGUUUACGCAGCAUGAGGUGCAGAGUUCAGCUUCCUGAAAACCUCAGACUUCCUUUCUAAAACAAAGUUCAAGCUUCUAGUACAUAUGUUUGAAAGUGUGCUGGCAAUGCCUGCCAAAAUCACAGAGAGACGGCAGGGUUGCUAAAAAAAACAACCAGUGGGUUGGACAUCACAUCGCCCUCUAGCAAAACUAGACCUAUUAAUGAAAAAUGGUUAAAAUUGCUGUUUGAUUUCUUUCCUUGUGUGCAGAGUAUUCAUAGCCCUGAACAUAGCAGUGCUCUGAAAUGGCGGUUUGGGAGAGAGGAAAAAGCUGGAGCAAAAAAAUGCAUACAGACUUUACAUGUUUGUGAAUGUUAAUAUUGACCACUUGGGUUGGAUUUGGACUCUAGGAAAGAUCAAAAGUCACCAUUCUCACCCUGUGCAAUAAGCGUAUUAUUGAAGGCAAGAAUUGCACUGAUUAAAAGGCUAACACAUUCAGGAAGCAUAUUUUAAAGAAUAGAAACUGAUGUUUAGUUGAAUACAGUUUCUGUUGACAUAUAGCAGGCACCCCAAAACUUGGCCAUCCAACUGUUUUGAGACGACAACUCCCAUCAUCCCUAGCUAACAUGGUCAGGGAUGGUGGGAAUUGCAGUCCCAAAACAUCUGGAGGGCUGAGUUUGGGAUGCCUGACAUAUAGGAAUCAAUCGUGGCUGGAGAAUUAUAGAAAACAACCAUACAGUUUUUUUAAAAAAAUCUUCUAGAACUGGACUAGGUGUGACACUCUUGUGUAUUGUGAAUCAUAACCAGUUAGGCCACAUUUACUGGAAACAGACUGUGACCUGUGCACUCUGUAUUGUGCUGAAGCAGGGAAAAAAGAGUCAGCCUUGCUUUCUAGUCAUUGUGUGAAAAGGAGAGUUGUGGACACGGAAUGAUAAACUGUUUGCACGUUACUCUACUUACGAGGGCUAAUGGCCGUUGGUUCACUUGCACCACAUGAGCCGCAAAAGGGGAUGUGAAAUCUUCUGUAUAGGAAUGUCUUUGGCGUAAAGUUGAAGCCUUCUCACACAAAGUGUCUGUGUGCGGGGGGGGAAAGCUGCUCUUCCAUACGAUGGCAGAUUUCGACUACAGUUUAUGCAGCACGGGGUUAAGAGACGUGGCCAUCUCUGUAUAGGCUGGUAGAUGUCUAGUUCAGUAAAAGGGCUAGGGGACCGAGCUGUGAAGCAAAAGAACCCCGCCCCAAAAUUUCACAUUGGUAGGUCGCCUCAAUUAAGCCUGUUUUUUCUUGUGUGCAUGCCAUCCAUGCCCCACCUCUCUGCAACACUGGGGAUGAUCCCACAUUGCUGUAAGGAUUAGUACUAGGGCUGGGCAAUGUCAGCUUUUCAGCAUUGCAAUGUACCACCAGCCCAACAUCACAGUGUUGAAAAGCAGAGGGAGGAACAAGCUGCAAGGCGCUGAGGCAAAACUGCCUCAGCGGGAGCAGCGGCAAUUUCACCAUGGCGCCUCGUGGGGCCAGGACUGACGCUGCUCACUCCUUCCACCGGGCGCGACCGCCUCCCUCUGCUGCCAGCGCCCAGUGGGAGUUGCAGGCAAGCACACACACACCCGGUGAUCUGCCGCCAGGUGAAGGCGCCAUCACACUCUGGCUCCCAAACCGGUCUUGGGCGAUGUGUCAGUUACAUUGCCCGGGCCUAAUUACUACUAACAUGUAAAGUGCUUUGAAUGCGCUCGGCAUGCAAUAUUCAUUUUAAAUAUGUUCUGCCAUUUAGAGUACAGUGGUACCUCAGGUUACAGACGCUUCAGGUUACAGACUCCGCUAACCCAGAAAUAGUACCUCGGGUUAAGAACUUUGCUUCAGGAUGAGAACAGAAAUCGUGCUCCGGUGGCGCGGCAGCAGCAGGAGGCCCCAUUAACUAAAGUGGCGCUUCAGGUUAAGAACAGUUUCAGGUUAAGAACGGACCUCCGGAACGAAUUAAGUACUUAACCCAAGGUACCACUGUACUUAAUUCGUUCUGGAGGUCCGUUCUUAACCUGAAACUGUUCUUAACCUGAGGUACCACUUUAGCUAAUGGGGCCUCCCGCUGCCGCCAGCAUUUCUGUUCUCAUCCUGAAGCAAAGUUCUUAACCUGAGGUACUAUUUCUGGGUUAGCGGAGUCUGUAACCUGAGGUACCACUGUAUCUGUUUCAUAAGCUAAGGGAGGAAAUGCUUAUGCGUAUAAUACCCUAGUGUAAAAUGUGUGUUUGUGAUCUGUUUUUUGCCUUUCCACGUUCUUAGGUUUGCCACCGCUUCCUUCCUUGCCUUCCCUAAACCUUUCUGGAAUCUCACCAGAAUUUCUCGCGCAGUUUCCAAUGGUGACUGAGGUGUCUACCCGGCCUGCAGAUCUACUAUCCUCCGCUCCUCAGAUAGGGAGCUUACCUGUUAAUCCAGGCACUACAGUAGGCGUGGAACAAAUCUCCACAUUUAUCCUGGAUGCUCCUCCUCCUCUUAUUACUGCAACGACGAUGGCUACUACCACUCCUCCUCUCAGUGCUCCUGCUGCCAAUGCGUCCACUCCUGAAGACAGAGGGGAUGGGUCAUCCACAUUCAAUGAAAAACCAGCAUCCUUGGUGACGGAGGCGGCUGCUUCUGAAUCAUCAUAACUUCAGAUGUUUAGUUGGAUCAGGCUUGGUGUAUUUAUUCAGCUGUGGGAUAAAUAUUAAAAGAAAUGCAAACUACCAUUAAUUUCAUGCUAGUUUGUAUUUUGCAGUUAGGUUUCCUGUAAAUAUACUAAGGGUCUAGGGUUUUUACAGGGAGCUUGGUGGUAGGGAUGGGGAGAUGGGAAGGAAGUGCUUAUAUUUAAAAUAAAAACAAAAAAAUAUCAAGGUAAAAGAAUAUGCAGACCUCAACUGCCAAAAAUUGAGGUAUUUUUUAAAAAAUCUAAUCUGAAUUCUGUAGGCCUCCUUGCUUCUCCCUCCUGCCUCCAAGUUUUGCUUCUGUAAAAAGGAAGAAGCAGUUCAUGCUUGUGGCAUUUGAGAACCAUUAUUCUUGUACUUUGCAAGAAUUGUGAGAGGACAGAGGUCUUUUGUCCAGGUUGUACAUUUUAGCUCUAUAAAGUCCUUCGAACUAAAGCUGUUUAUAUUAAAAAUGUCACAGAGUGCGACUUGUCAAUUCAGCAUCAUUUUAAAUCUGCCUGUGCACAGACUUUCUGUUGAGCUUCUGCCAGCCCUUACCCCUUAACCUCCACUGCUUUGCUUUAUAAAGCCCACUGACGAGAGGCGUUUUGAAGAAAUCAGAAGGAAAAUGCUCCCAUUAACAUUGGACAUAGCUCAAAGGGAGGAGGGGUGGAACUUUCACUUUUGUAAAAACAAAAAGAGUUGUAUGGAGAGAGCUUACAUAAUGGCAAUAAAUUCUGAGAAUUUUAUCUUUUGACACAACGAGACCUUUUAUUACAUUAGGACAUCGGCAAACUGUAUCUUUGGGAGUGAAGAAACAUUUCACUAUAGCUGGAUUUAACUUGGACUUGUGUCCAGAAGAUGGAGAAUCUGUUCUCUUUAAAGCCCGAUGACUGAUUUGCAAAGUCCAAGCCUACCACCAUUUCAGCGAGCCAUGCUCCUAAGUAAGUAUUUGUAGGAUGUCCACCUUAAAUUGAUUUCUAGGCAAUAAAUACUGCCGCUUUGCGAGGUGGGAGGACAACUAACUGCUGAAUAAAUAGCUUCUGUGUCCCUU